AUGGCUCGGGUGCGAGCCGCUUUGCGCGCGGCGCGGGUGCUUCUAGCGCUGGUACUAGUGGUGGCCUGCAGCCUGCGAUGCGCCGUGUGCGUUCAAGUGCCCACUGCCCCCAAGAAGGCGCUCUACAUCGUCCGCCUACGAUCCGCUCCCCCCAUCACCGGCUAUCGCGGCGGCAUUGGUAGCUACCCCGCCACCGCUCCCCCCGCACCUGAUGCUGCCGAUGACGGUGCUGUUGGCAACGAAUCCGACUCGCAGCCUCCCGCCGCCGCCCCCGCUCCCGCCCCUAGCGCCGCUCACUCAGCCGCGUCGACCGCCACUUGGCGGAACGCCACUGGCUUCGCUGCCGCCAGCGCCACGCCGCAGGGCUUGGGCGCGCGGAAGAGGAGGUGGAAGAUCAACCCGCGGCUGCCGCACGUGCGCGCGUUCGGGAAGUUUCUGAAAGCGCAGCAGGACAGACUGGCGGCGGAGAUCGGGGCGAAAGCCGUUUACAAUUUCAAGUUCGCGAGCAACUCGUUCGCGGCGCUGCUGACGCCGAAGCAGGUGUGGCGGCUGCAGCGGCACCCGGACGUGGCGCUGGUGCGGCGCAGCGGCGUGGCGAAGCGGUUCGGCGGCAUGCCGUCGACGUCGUUCCUGGACCUGCAGCGCACCACGUGGGCGCAGGCCGGCGGCGUGGGCAGCGCGGGCGACGGCGUGGUGGUGGGGGUCAUCGACACGGGCAUCUGGCCCGAACACAAGAUGUUCCUAGAUGAUGGCUCGUUCUCGGCGCCGGGGACGUGGGCGGGGACGUGCGACGCGACGACGGAUUUCCCCGCGGCGCUGUGCACGGGGAAGCUGGUGGGCGCGCGCUCGUUCUCGAGCGGGUUCGAGGCGGAGAUCGGCGCGCGCGACUUCACUGACGACUACGACUCGCCGCGCGACUCGGACAGCCACGGCACGUGGUGUGCGGGCGCAGCAGUGGGCAACAGCGGCGUGACCCUCAUCACGCCCUUCGGCACCAACCUGGGCGCGUACAGCGGGGUGGCCCCGCGCGCCAACCUAGCCGUGUACAAGGUCUUUUGGAAGACACAGGGCAGCUCCUCCGCCAGUUUCGCGGACAUCGAGGCGGCGCUGGAUCAGGCCAUGGCUGACGGCGCUGAUGUGCUCAGCCUGUCGCUCGGCGCGCUGGACCCCUCUGCAACGUACUUUGAUGACGUUUCGUACAUGCAGGCUAACUUGGCGGGAGUGACGGUGGUGUAUGCAGCGGGCAACUCAGGCCGGCCGCCAGGCAACCUGCUGUUCCCCUACAUCUUCCGCUCCGUCUCCAACUUCUCGCCCUUCUACCUCACCGUCGGCGCCAGGUACGCUCCUCUCUUUCCCCUCCUGCGUGCCCUGCCUCCCCCCUCCAAGCUUUACCCUCCUCCCACGCUCUGCUACUUGACGCCCCUCCACCUCACCAUCGGCGCCAGCAGCGGCAGCAGCAGCAGCAGCAUCAGCGAUCUGGAUGAGCAGCAGGCAGCAGCUGUGCGCGCUGUGGUGGCCAUGCAAGAAGCUCGCACAGCCACCCCUGCCUUCCCUGCUGCUGCUGCAACUGCCGCUGCUGCUGGUGACUCUGACUAUCCCGUAGCCGGCCCUGUUGACGGCGGCAGCAGCAACAGCAGUGCUCUCGCAAGUGAGCUGGUGCAUUCUCUACAGGAGGAAGGCAUGGUGGUGGUGGGCAACUGGCCCGCUCUCCACUCCACCCCCGUGCUCCUCGCUGCGGCUGCCGCUCUCCCAGGCGCCAGCAGCACAGAAUCCGCGCGGCUGUGCCUGCCUGGGUCGCUGGCUCCUGCUGUGGUGAGGGGGAAUGUGGUGGUGUGUGCGAUGAUGCUGGUGGACCAUGAUGACUCAGCGGCCAUGUUUGCUCUCAUCAACGCACUCACUGCCAAGAGCACUGGCAAGAAGGGCGGACGGAGAGCAACAACCCUAUCCAUCCUGGACAUAUUCAACUACAUGAAGGGCCCCAUUGUGGCCACCUUCUCCUCCACCGGUCCGCUCACGCCCAUGACGGCGCGCAACCGCGGGCCGUACCCCACCAACCACAUCCUCAAGCCAGACGUCAUCGCCCCGGGCGUCAACCUCUACUCCGCUGCCCCCGGCACGAGCCCCAACAACGCGCAGAUGCUCUCCGGCACCUCCAUGGCCACACCGCACGUAGCCGGGUUUGCCGCGCUGAUCAUCCAGGCGCAUUCGGACUGGACGCCCGCGCAGGUCAUGUCGGCGAUUAUGACUACAGCCAGGAUUCACAACAGCGCGGGUACGCCGAUUUUCCACGCGUCGGCGACGAGAGCGUCGCCGUGGCACCUCGGGUCGGGGCACAUCAACCCGCAGAAGGUGCUGGACCCGGGGUUGACGUACAACGCAGUGGAGGCGGAUUAUAAGAACUUUCUCGCAGGGAGGAAGAUGCGGUGGGCUAAGGCCAUGUUCCCGUCGGACUCCCUGGCUCCUCUGCGGGCGUACCAGUUGAACCGGCCGUGUAUAUCCGUGCAAGGGCUGCAGAAUACAGUGGUGAUUGUGCGGCGGGUGACCAAUGUUGCGACAAGCACGUCGACUUACCGGGCUAAAGUGAAGCAGCCGUUUGGGGUGAUGGUGAAGGUGAAGCCGAGGAAGUUCACGAUUGCGCCUGGCGCCACGCAGGUGUUUAAAGUGAUGCUUACGUUGCAGCUGCCGUGGAAGCUGUUUCGGUUUGGGAGCCUGUGGUGGCUGGAUGGUAAAGGGCAUUCGGUUAGGAUCCCCAUAGCUGUGCAACCAUCGUGGAUCCGGUGA